AUGGCCAAGACCUACGACUACCUGUUCAAGUUGUUACUGAUCGGUGACUCGGGUGUGGGAAAGACGUGCGUGUUGUUCCGUUUUAGCGAAGAUGCAUUUAAUACGACGUUCAUAUCUACAAUCGGCAUUGAUUUUAAAAUACGAACCAUUGAAAUGGAUGGCAAGAAAAUUAAAUUACAAAUUUGGGAUACUGCUGGCCAAGAACGUUUUAGAACAAUCACAACAGCGUAUUACCGUGGUGCCAUGGGCAUUAUGUUAGUAUAUGAUGUCACUAAUGAAAAAUCUUUCGACAACAUCAAAAAUUGGAUACGUAACAUUGAGGAAAAUGCAUCAGCUGAUGUAGAAAAAAUGCUGCUAGGGAACAAAUGUGAACUUAAUUCAGGACGUCAGGUAUCAAAAGAACGUGGUGAACAAUUAGCAGUAGAGUAUGGUAUAAAAUUCAUGGAGACAUCGGCAAAGGCUAGUGUCAAUGUUGAGGAGGCUUUUCACACUCUGGCCAGAGAUAUCAAGACAAAAACAGAAAAGAAACUGGAAGCAUCCAAUCCUCCCAAAGGUGGUGUGCAAUCUAGUGGUGGUCACCAUUUAAGAGAUAAUAAUGGAACAAAAAAACUUGGUCAAGGUGGUGGAAGUGCAGCUGCACUCAAUUGGUUGUCAUCAAGAUGUACAGUGCUCUGA